CUCUGCUCCACCAAAGGCCGCCUCCUGCUGGCCGAGUCGGGUCUCUCAUUCAUCACCUUCAUCUGCUAUGUGGUGUCCUCAGCAUCGGCCUUCCUCACAGUGCCUCUGCUGGAGUUCCUCCUGGCCCUCUACUUCCUCUUUGCUGAUGCCAUGCAGCUGAAUGACAAGUGGCAGGGCUUGUGUUGGCCCAUGAUGGACUUUCUGCGUUGCGUCACUGCUGCCCUCAUCUACUUCGUCAUCUCCAUCACAGCUGUUGCGAAAUACUCAGAUGGGGCUUACAAAGCUGCCGGGGUUUUUGGCUUCCUUGCCACCAUCGUGUUUGCCAUUGACUUCUACUUGAUCUUUAAUGAUGUGGCCAAAUUCCUGAAGCAAGGAGACUCUACAGAUGAUACCACAGCCCACAGGACAGAAGAAGACAAUUCUAAUUCAGAUUCGGACUCCGACUGAAGGCCAGCUCGUGCCUCACACCUCUGCCUUCCUACCAGGGCUGCUGAGUGUGCCCAGGGGCCGCUGGUGUGGGAGGGAGGCUGCCUCCACAGGCCUCCCCCCAGGCUCCAGGUUACACUCAGGAGCCCCAUGGACAUGUGCCUCUUGGAUUCAACGUUGAACCACUAUGCUUGGGCACCAUAAAUAUCCCACUUCCCACUCCUGUCCCACAGUCCUUCCACCCAUUCAUCUCGCUGCCAAAAGAGGCAGGUGAUACAGCAGACAUGGCCAUCUCAGGUCAUAGCAUGUGCUGUAGGGUGGAGGCUGUGUUUCACUAAUGGGAACAGACUGAGAACGCAUGGCGGGGCCCACUCGGUAGGCCCUGGUGGCCUGUACAUGGGGUACCCCUGCUCAUGCUGGCACUUGAGAACAACCCCUCCAGGAAUCUUUAUUCAAGGAGCACAAGUUCCUUCCUCAUCAUGGGGGGAGAAAAGGACCUUGGCCUCCCUGUCUAGGAGAGGGUCUUGUCUCAUCUUGACAGCUCACCCCUGGAAACCAUGUCUUCCAUUCUGGGUCUAAGACCAGCUCAGAAAUCAGCUUAUAUAGACUUCCCUGCCAGAGUCAGCGGAGGGAGCCAACCAGAACAGGGCAGUCAGUGACUGUGGCAUGGGCGGCUGGGCAGGCCCAGCAAAGCCCUCUUCCUGGGGACAAGAGCCCUGGGAACCCUGAGGACAGUGUGCUUCCUCUGGACCCCAGGGCAGGUCCACUGACCCCUCAGAAAAGAUGAGACAAUCUGUCCUCCUGUGUUCAAUAAGGAACUUACACUGUGUAUGUAUCUUCAUGGGAUUUUUGUACCUUUUUUAUAUUUUUAUACAAAAUGAGCUUUUAAUGAGUGGUGUUUUCUGUGACUCCCAAGACUUUGUGAAUGAGCCAGAGUCUAGGUCCAAGUUUUGGGCAUCUGUGGCCUUACUAUUAUCUUGCAUGUGAAUGCCUUGACCUGGGUGGGAGGAAAUGCUAUAAUAGAUUAAAGCAGACUGACUACGUG